GCCGCCGCUUGUCCUCCUCCUUUAAACCCUUCCUGCCGCCCACCCGGGCGCCCAUACCGCCGCCCACGCCAGCCCUAAGGGGCGGCACUAUCCUCACCACCCCUGGAACGCCCAUAAACCCCGCGGGGUGGCCGCAGGAGCCAUCUAUACCCGCAUUUUACCUGCGGCUCACCGCAGCCUCCACCUGCGACCCUUCAAUGCGUCUCCUCCACCACAACUCAAAAUCAAAAUCAAAAUCCUCGGCUCUGCAGUGGUCAUACAUCGGACCGGAUGAAGAUACUGGAAGCCUGUACAGCCGCUGAGAACUUUACGAAGUUGUACUAUGAAUUUGUAGACAAGAUGAGGCAUAAGUUGUCCAAAUUAUACUUAGAGGAUGGCAAGUUGGUGUGGAAUGGCACUGCCGUAGAUGGCAACGUAAACAUUCAAAAGUUUUAUGAGGAUUUGCCGACAAGUUUUCAUAUCAUCACAUGUUUGGACUCUCAGCCUGUUCGUGAGGAAGCUGUCGGCGAGCAGUCAACAAUCCAGGUGACAACAUCUGGCUUUGUCACCUUCAAAGAACACAAGCAUCUAUUUAACCAGUCAUUCCUCAUUACAGCCAAAGAAGAUAAAUGGAAAGUAGUUUCAGAUGUAUUUAGAUUUCAGCAGUAGCAUCAUGAAGAAAACUACAUCUUGAAGUUUUAUGAUAAAUAUGUAUUUUUGGAUCUAAGUAUAUGUUUUUUUAUAAA